AUGUUGGAAGAAAAGAAACCUUUCCACAUCAUUGUUGCCGGCGGUGGACUAGUCGGGCUCAAUGCCGCGCACAUCUUCCAAACUCUCCGCACGGCACUAGCCGGUUCCCGUGACAUCCAAUUCACUAUAUUGGAAUCGCAUUCGACUAUUACACCGUACAUUGGCUCCCUCCUGGCGCUAUGGCCCUCUACCUUUCGGGUCUACGAUCAGCUUGGGUUAACGUCGGCCCUGAAGCCCGUGCUCGACGAGACCGUCACCACGGUCAACUUCCGCGCCGACACGGGCAAGAUCAUCAACCGACUGACCGAGCUGGGCCCCUUGAUGGAGCGCAGACAUGGUCACGGGUUCCGCGUCUGCCAUCGGCCCAAGUUUGCCGAGACCCUCUAUGAGACGCUGAGCGAGGAGACCAAGGGCCGCGUGCUGCUCAACAAGCGCGUCGUCGACGUGGAGACCGAGGCAGAUGGCGUCAAGGUCAUUUGCGAGGAUGGCACCGUGGUAGCGGGCGACAUCCUGAUUGGCGCCGACGGAGUGCGCUCGAGGGUGAGGACCUGCAUGCAGCGCCUCAAGGCCAAAGCCCAGAGUGCCAACGCGGGCGGCGAGAGCGGGAGCAGCGAGGAGGACGGGGCCAAUGCGGCACCUGAAAAGGGCGCCGCCAGCGACGACAAGGAGAAGAGCCCUUACCUGGGUACCUUUCGCAUGCUGUUCGGCAACGUCCCCGGCGGCGCCAUCCCGGACCUGCCCAUGGGCACCAACCACGAGGGCGCGUCCAACGGGCUGUCGACGCAGAUCUUGACGGGCACGACGCAGUCGUGGUGGGCCGUCUACGAGCAAAUCCCGACGCCGACGCACGAGCGCAAGCGGUAUACGGAGGAGGACAAGCAGGCCUUUAUCGAAAAGUACGGCGAUGCCUACAUGGCGCCCGGCAUCACGUUGAAGCAAGUGCUCGAAUACAACUCGGGCGACAUUGGAAUGAUUAGCCUAGAGGAGGGCAGCGUGCCAUCGUGGACGUGUGGCCGCGUCGUGCUCGUCGGCGAUGCGGUACGAAAAGUUGAGCCGCACGCCGGCGCCGGCUUCAAUUCGGGCCUGGCGGACAUCGUCACUCUUGCCAAUAAGCUGUACGCGCUCCUGAACAAGAAGGAGGAGGAGGAUUCCUCAGCAGCUGGCCCGACGACGGCGGAGCUUGAGAGGGCGUUUCAGGAUUACGAGCGCGAGAGGCUCCAGCUCAUGCCGACUGUUGACAAAAUGUGCCGCCGGAGAGCGCGCCAGGUCACCUGGACCAGCUGGAAGUACCGUAUCUACGCGACGUGGAUCGUGAAGCACAAGCCCAUAGUGAAACUGGGCAUAAAAUAUGUGCUCGCGCCCAUCUUCCGCGAUGCCCCCGUGUUGGCCUGGCUGCCGGAGCAUAACCUGCCGAAGCACGAAGUCAAGUACAAAUACCACGGCAGUCAAGGAACUCAAGCAGCAGUCCCUGCUAUUGCUGAAGUCGAGGCGUAA